ACCAUUGGCUGGGAAAGGGGGAGAGGGCGUUCCGACGGCGGCGGCGUGGUUUCGCCUGUGUGACACAAUUACAACAACUUUGAGCUGGUGGUUAGGGGGAAGUUUGUUAUAUUACCAAAUAACGCCCUGUUUAACAACCCUACAUCAACAGCACUCCAUGCACCACACGGCAUUGGCUGCAUGAAAUAUUUUGAAUAAAAAUGUAAUAAGAAGACCGCAGAAGUUUCUUCUCCUUACGGAAUUACUCUUCUUUCACAUUUUAAUCCUGGAAAAAAGUUGAUUUUGCCCGCUCUAUUUUUUCGUUCGGGUUUUUCAUUUGGUGGAGUUUCUGGUUUGGUAACCCGUUGCGUUUCCAUGAAAUCGUGCGGAGUGUCGCUCGCCGCUGCUGCCUGCGUUGCUGCUCGAAGUCUCGGCGCUGCUGGUGAUGAGGAAAAGAAAAUGGCGGCGGGAAAAGCGAGUGAAACCGAAGAGGACUUUCCGAGGCUGACAGCGCAGGAGAGGGACAGCUUGGUCGAAAUUGACAGCCGACUGUUCGGAUGUCAGAGGCUUCAUGAAGAUGGCGCCAGAACGAAGGCCUUGCUGUUAAAGGCCGUGCGCUGCUACGACUCUCUGAUCCUGAAGGCCGAGGGGAAGGUGGAGCCGGAGCUCUUCUGCCAGCUCGGCCACUUCAACCUCUUACUGGAGGAUUAUCCAAAAGCAUUAUCAGCGUACCAGAGGUACUACAGUUUACAGCCUGACUACUGGAAGAAUGCUGCCUUUUUAUAUGGCCUUGGUAUGGUUUACUUCCAUUACAAUGCAUUUCAGUGGCCAGUGCAGCUCUCCUGUUCCGAUGCCCCCAGUGGACAGAGAAGGGCGAUCAAAGCCUUCCAGGAGGUGCUUUACGUCGACCCCUGCUUCUCCCGGGCCAAGGAGAUCCACCUGCGGCUGGGGCUGAUGUUCAAAGUCAACACAGACUACGAGUCGAGCCUAAAGCAUUUUCAGCUGGCUUUGAUUGACUCAACCCCCUGCACUUUGUCCAAAGCUGAAAUUCAAUUUCACAUCGCGCAUUUAUACGAGAUUCAGAAAAAGUACCGCGUGGCGAAGGACGCCUAUGAAGCGCUGCUGCAGACGGAGAACCUUCCGCCCCAGGUCAAAGCCACCACCCUGCAGCAGCUGGGCUGGAUGCAUCACACAGUGGAACAGCUGGGAGAUAAAGCCAACAAGGACAGCUACGCCAUUCAGUGUCUGCAGCAGUCGCUGGAGGCAGACCCCAACUCUGGCCAGUCUUGGUACUUUCUUGGCAGGUGCUACUCGAGUAUCGGGCGGGUCCAGGAUGCCUUCAUCUCCUACAGGCAGUCCAUCGAUAAGUCGGAGGCCAGCGCGGACACCUGGUGCUCGAUAGGGGUGCUGUACCAGCAGCAGAGUCAGCCCAUGGACGCUCUGCAGGCCUACAUCUGCGCGGUGCAGCUGGACCACGGGCACGCGGCGGCCUGGAUGGACCUGGGCACGCUGUACGAGUCCUGCAACCAGCCGCAGGACGCCAUCAAAUGCUACAUCAACGCCACGCGCAGCAAGGCCUGCACCAACACGUCCGCCCUCGCCACGCGCAUCAAAUGCCUGCAGGCUCAGUUGUGUAACCUCCAACAAAGUAGUCUACCGAGUAAAAGUAAAAUGCUUCCUAGUAUUGAGGAGGCGUGGAGCCUACCGAUUCCUGCUGAGCUCACGUCCCGACAGGGAGCCCUGAACUCUGCCCACCAGGCGUGUAAAGCUCAGAGUAAUGAAGGAGGCUUGAGGCCCCCUCAGGCCACACCGCAGCCCUUGCCUCAGCACGUGGGCCCCUCCAGCCAAACCGACGACCAGUCCAGCCCCGCCAAGAGGAAGAGGACGUCCAGCCCGGCCAAGAACUCUCUGGAUUCCUGGGCGAACAGUCCGGUCCAACAGCAGGUGCCGAACUGGUAUUUAUCACCGCCGAAACUGCAGCUCCUGGAUCAGUUACGGGCCAACAGGACGAGCCUGAAGCCAGCGCAGCUACAGAUCCUGGAUCAGCUGGAGGGCCAGUUCAACCUCAUGCAGCAGCAUCAGCAGCAGAUGAGACACCCCGCGGCCGGACAGGGGCGCCCCACCGUGCCCAACGGCCCCACAGCGAACUCGUCGCCCCCCUCCGCCCCCAACCCCAACACCCCCCUGUCCCGAACCCUCUCCGCCCCGCCCCUCUCCGCCCGCCAGCCAAUGGCCAACGGACCUUUCCCGGCAAGCCCCGCCCCCUGUAGCACAGCAGGAAUGCUGGGUAACGCAGACACUAUUUCUGUAGGCAAUAAUCACAGGGCAGGAGCGGGAAGCAACGGAAAUGUGCCUUACCUGCAGCUCAACACACUACCUCACAACUGCACAACCCCGGGCAGAGGCAGCGGAGAGGGGCCGUGGACAACCCAACACGUCACCUCCACUCAGGGCCUUCAGAAGGGUCCCGGUUCGCAUUCGGCUGGUCCCAAUGGCGACCGGGCUUUCCCCUCCCCCCAGGCGGCCGGAGCCGGUACCCAGAAUCAGGUUGGGCCCUCCGCCCCGCUCACGCCGGGCACCGCUCUCAAUCACCACCCCUCGCCCCCCCACACUGCUACCUCAGGCGGACAACAAGGCACCCCCGCAACCAAAGAGAGCAGGCCCUCAGGAAACGGCCCCGCCCCGGGGCCCGACGGCCGCAGGCAUUCCGGGGAGACCCCCCCCAACAGCGCCGCCGGCCCGGAGGGACCGCCUAAUCACGUCCACCAGGCGGCGGGCGCCCCCGGCGCGGCGUCACCAGGUGCCCUUAGCUCAGACAAUCCCCCGCUGUCCGCCGCGCGGGCGGGGAAGGCCGGGCCCGCGGGCGACAGGGUCAACAACGUCCACCCCGCGCUGCGCGCCUCGCCCUCCCCCGCCGCCUCCUCGCCCGCCUCGGCCGCGUCCACCGCCACGCCGUCGCCGCGGCCCGCCGAGCCGCCCGCCGCCCGCGCCGCGCCCCGCCUUAACAGCCCCGCGGCCCCGGGGCCCACGCUCAACGGCAAGGGCCCGGAGGAGGACUCGCAGAGCCCCGUCAAGACGGAGCCGCCCCCCGCCGUCGCCCGCCGGCCCGUCCUGCCCCUCGCGCCCUCCUCCUCCGUCUCCAUCUACCCCAGCUCCAGCGACGUGCUCAAGGCCUGCAGGAACCUGGGCAAGAACGGCUUAUCGAACAGCAGCAUUUUACUGGACAAGUGUCCCCCCCCUCGACUGCCUGCCCCACCUUUCCCCUCACUGCCAAAGGACAAGCUCAACCCCCCCACACCCAGCAUAUACCUGGAGAACAAGAGAGACGCCUUCUUCCCGCCCCUGCACCAGUUCUGCACAAACCCCUCCAACCCGGUCACUGUCAUCCGCGGCCUGGCUGGAGCCCUCAAACUGGACCUGGGCCUGUUCUCCACUAAGACGCUGGUGGAGGCGAACCCGGACCACCUGGUGGAGGUGCGCACGCAGCUGGCCCAGCCCACGGAUGAGAACUGGGACCUGGCCGGGACCCGCAAGAUGUGGCGCUGCGAGAGCAGCCGCUCGCUCACCACCAUCGCCAAAUACGCGCAGUACCAGGCCUCGUCCUUCCAGGAGUCCCUGAGGGAGGAGAACGAGAAGAAGGGGCAGAAGGAGCUUUCGGACACGGAGUCCACGUCCUCAGAGAACUUGAGAAGAAGAAAGGGUCCCUUCAAGCACAUCAAGUUUGGGACCAACAUCGACCUGUCGGACGAGAGGAAGUGGAAGCUGCAGCUGCACGAGCUCAGUAAGCUCCCGGCCUUCUCCAGGGUGGUGUCUGCAGGGAACCUGCUGAGUCACGUGGGCCACACCAUCCUGGGCAUGAACACCGUGCAGCUCUACAUGAAGGUCCCGGGGAGCCGCACGCCAGGUCACCAAGAAAACAACAACUUCUGUUCUGUCAACAUCAACAUCGGGCCCGGGGACUGCGAGUGGUUUGCUGUGCCUGAGCCUUACUGGGGCCUCAUGAACGAUUUCUGUGAAAAGAAUAAUAUAAACUUCCUCAUGGGCUCGUGGUGGCCCAACCUGGAGGACCUGUACGAGGCCAACGUGCCGGUGUACCGGUUCAUCCAGCGGCCGGGGGACCUGGUGUGGCUGAACACGGGCACGGUGCACUGGGUGCAGGCCAUCGGCUGGUGCAACAACAUCGCCUGGAACGUUGGGCCGCUCACGGCGUACCAGUACAAGCUGGCGGUGGAGCGGUACGAGUGGAACAAGCUGCAGAGUGUUAAAUCCAUCGUACCCAUGAUUCACCUGUCUUGGAACAUGGCCAGGAACAUCAAAGUUUCCGACCACAAGCUCUUCGAGAUGAUCAAGUACUGCUUGUUGAGGACGCUGAAACAGUGUCAGGCGCUGAGAGAGGCUCUGAUAGGUGCAGGGAAGGAGGUGGUUUGGCACGGGAGGACCAAGGAUGAGCCCGCCCACUACUGCAGCAUCUGUGAGGUGGAGGUGUUCGACCUGCUCUUCGUGACGUGUGAGAGUAACUCGCGGAAGACGUACGUGGUGCACUGCCAGGACUGUGCGCGGCGGGGCAGCGCUGACCUGGGCAACUUCGUGGUGCUGGAGCAGUACAAAAUGGAGGACCUGAUGCAAGUGUAUGACCAGUUCACAUUAGUAAGUUGGACAUAAGCCCCUCCCUUGCCUUCGUCCUCGUCUUGACGUUUAACGGUUAUCGUUCUGUGGACAGUACACACGGACUCAACAAACGGUUGUCGUUCUGUGGACAAUACACGUGGACUAGACGAACGGUUAUCGUUCUGCGGACAGUACACACGGACUAAACGAACACUUAUCGUUCUGUGGACAGUACACACGGACUAAACGAACAGUUCUCGUUCUGUGGACAGUGCCCGUGGACUAAAUGAAGCGUUUCUGAUAUUCAGGAAGUGACCCAGUUCUGCACCGCUGGUUUCUGUAGCGAUCCCAAUGAGGCUGCUGGCUGAAAGCUGUAUGUCUAUGCAACCUGCCAAGUGCGGAGUGUCAACCCUACUGGACCCUACCCCCCUACCCUGGACCCUACCCCCCUACCCUGGGCCCUACCCCCCUACCCUGGGCCCUACCCCCCUACCCCCCUACCCCCAUACCCCCCUACCCCGGGCCCUACUCCCCUACCCCGGACUGCUGACAGCUGGCUUAGCUGUACUUCUAUAGAAAAGAAAAAAGAAAAAGAAAAAAAAAAAUAUUGGAAAAAAAUGUUUUGUGUAUAUUAUGUCACAACUGGCUGGCAAUGCCACACAGACUACUGACUUGAGAACUUUCUCUUUUUGUAUUCUGUUUAUGGGCUGAUAUACAUGACUUUUUUCUCAUUGAAGUUUUCUCCCUUAAAUGAGUACUAGCUUAGCUGGUCUUUUGUAUGGUAGAUAGAAAUUUUAAGUCUCUUUGGGCAGCAAAAUCUAAAAAAAAAAAAACCCCACAAAAACCACAAAAAAAUAAUAAUUUUGUAAUGUGAAGAGUUCGGUGAUAUAAUUUUUUACAGCUUUUAUGUUUUAUCCGUCUUGUUAUUUUGAAACAUGAUGUUAAUUUUUUUGUUCAGUUUAUUAGGUAAAAAAAAGAGGAAAAAAGAGAAAAAAAACAGCCAAGUCACAAAGAAAAUGGGUUGCACAUAGACUAAGGAAUAAACUAUAAUUUGUGAUUUUUCUUUUGUUCUGUUUCUAAUCUUGAUGUAAAUUUACACUAUUUAUGAAUACAUAUUUAUUGCUUGAAAAUAUUUGUGGAUGGAAUGCUGUUAUUUUUUCCAGAGUACCUGCCAUUAAAUUUUAAGGAGUUUUGUCAUUUUAAACACUACUCCCCUUACGUUUUCUAUAUAUAAAUAAAACUGCUUAGCAAGUAUUGUACAGAAACCUACAUUAAAAAAUUGUUUUAUUGUUUGAAGAAUGUUCUGAGUUAUUAAAAUGAAGUGGUCAUCUUUA